AUGCCUCAGGCUUUCGACAAAUGCAAGGAGCGCCCGGCGCACAUCGAGGAGAUUUUGAACGGACUGAAUCGCUACAACCCUGAGACCACCACAAUAUUCCAAGAAUACGUCAGCCAGCAAUGCGAAGAGAAGUUUAUUGACAUUUACGCAUCUUUGGCGCUCCUCAAGCUGUACCAAUUCAACCCACACCUGCUACACCCAGAGACAGUCACCAACGUCCUUGUGAAGGCCCUCACAGUCUUCCCGUCCGCUGCAUAUUCCCUAUGCCUCGCUCUCCUUCCGGCCUCGUCUAUUCCUUUUGGAUCAGAUGUUGCCUCGAUACCCACCACCGAUCUCACCGAGUCCAUCCAAAAACUGACAAAACUAAACACACUACUGGAGUCUGCGCAGUAUGAAGCAUUCUGGUCAACACUUGAAUCCGACGACUUGUAUGCGGAUCUGUACGCCGAUGUUGCUGGUUUUGAGGAUCUUAUAAGGAUCAGAAUCGCGGGGGAAGUGGGCAAGACAUUCCGAGAGAUCGACCUCGGCGUACUCAGCGGUUGGCUAAAUCUACGGUCAGAUGCUCUGGCUAAGUUCUGCCAGACUGCAUGCGGAUGGCAGGUGAACGACCAGAAAGUCUUGAUUCCGGCGAAUGCUGAGAACGAGGCCAAGAGCGAGGUCAAGGGUGAACGGGUCGAUGUGGAUAUGUUCGGUCGGGUGUUUCGGAGAGGUUAUGAGGCCCCUGCUUGA